UGAGUGAGAGGGGUAUUUAUCCUAAAAAAAAGUUUAAGCCAGAUAGGAGGAGAGCCUUAUCUUUGUGAGGCUGAAAUUGUAGAAACCUUGUCUGUAUCGCUGUUUAUUUUAACUAAUUAUACAUUCAUUCUGUAGUUUGCAGUUAGUUCAUGUUAGUUGAAUGGGGAGUAGUGCUGUAUAUUGUAGUGGAUUGCUAUGUUGUUCCCAGUUGCGGUCGAGCAAUUCAAGGGUCGUGUUGGGCUUAUCGGUGUUGGAACAGGUGGAUAAGGAGUUAAUGAAGGGAGAUGAAAGGGCUGCAUUGUCUCUUGUCAAGGAUUUGCAGGGCAAACCUGGUGGUCUUAGGUGUUUUGGCGCCGCUAGACAGGUUCAUGCAGGUACCACAGAGGCUUUAUUCCUUGGAUGAAUUGAAGUUGAAUGGAAUAGAAGCCGUAUCUCUUCUAUCACCAGUUGAUGCCACCCUUGGAGCAAUUGAAAGAAAUCUGCAAAUUGCUGCUAUAUUAAGUGGUUCUGCUGCAUGGUAUGCGCUUGAUUUGAGCCCACAACAGAUCCUUUUUGUUUCUCUGGGGGUUCUGUUUCUGUGGACUCUAGACUUGGUUUCUUUCAAUGGAGGAGUUGGUGCUUUGGUCCUUGACACAAUUGGCCAUACUUUCAGUCAGAAGUACCAUAACAGGGUUAUUCAACAUGAAGCUGGGCAUUUCUUGAUUGCCUACUUGCUGGGUAUUCUUCCUAAGGGGUAUACACUCACCAGUUUGGAUGCUUUAAAGAAGGAAGGAUCGUUAAACAUCCAAGCAGGAACAGCCUUUGUGGACUUUGAAUUUAUUGAGGAAGUAAAUAGAGGAAAAGUAACAGCCACGGUAUUAAUCUCCGUUAACUAUCAUAUGCUGAACAGGUUUUCAUGUAUCGCGCUAGCAGGUGUAGCAACUGAGUAUCUUUUGUUCGGGUAUGCUGAGGGAGGUCUGUCUGACAUUAAUCAGUUGGAUGCAUUACUGAAAAGCCUGGGAUUUACACAGAAGAAAGCUGAUUCGCAGGUGAGAUGGGCUGUAUUGAACACAAUCCUCAUUUUGCGACGCCAUGAGAAGGCACAAUCAAAGCUUGCAGAGGCAAUGACUCAAGGGAAAUCUGUGGGCGUCUGCAUUGAUACUAUUGAGAAAUUCAUUAACGACAAUGAUUUGUAGCUUUAUUUAUCUUAUGAUCCGUCAUAUAAUUACUGAUGUCCCCUAUGGGCUAUGAAACUCCUUCAUUCUCUAUAUAAAGUGAUCUUUUGUGUGAAA